AUGCUGCCUACCCUCGCCAGAAAGGCAGCAGGGCAACCCCAAGUGAGCUUCCUGGCUCGACGACGACUGCGACACGCUGGGCUUGAUGAGAAGAAGGCAUGGCUAGCCCGGAACUUGGGGAGCAAAUUGGGCCGUAUUCAAUCCAAGGCUCUGAAACCAUGCGAGGACCACGUUACCAGUGCCUCAGGAUUCGAUCUCCUCUGUAGCUACAGCUGGAGAGUCGAGUCCAAGAUGCAGCUCAAGAAACGCCCGUUGCGUCCACAGAUCUAUGUACCGGUAACGAGGAGGUCUUGGAUGAGGCACUACCGGGACGUCAACACGGCUCGGAUGCCCUUAUAUCCGUUUGAACCAAUGUUCCAGAGCAUGUCUGUCAUGAACCCGGGCUUCCGAUUCGAUGAUGUCGACCUGAUCAUCAACCGCAACUCUCUCGGCCACCUCCUGCGCUUCGUCAACGGGAAGGCCAAGCAUCACUUUCGUUUAGACCUGGCCAUGGUGCAGAACACUCUCGUCGUUACGCCUACCUGGGAGCGCGUCUUUGAGAAGAUGGGAGAAGAGGGUAACCACGGUCGUGACUUUGAGGACUUGUUCGCGCGACGUACAUUGCAGGACAAUGGCUCCUAUCACCGCGCUAUCCGGUACAACCUGGGACCUCUGAAUUGCGCAGUUCUGUCAGAACUAGACGUUGCUCUACCAAGUUCCGGUGAAGCGAUAUCUUCCCAUGACAAACAGUGGAAAUUUCACCCAAAGCCCUCGCGGGUCGAUGAGAAGGAUCUCUCAGAAGCGUAUCAGCCCAAUACUGUGGCAGAGAGAAUUGUGUUCAAGCGUGGAAGCCAGACGUCCCCUGAAAGCCCUCGACUGCGGCACGCACCCUGCUCCAAGGUGAUCCGAAGAGGCAACGGAACUUUCAGCAAAGACGCGGCGGAGCUGAGUGCAAGCACUUUGGCCCCCUUCAGAAAGAUGCCUCAGUUAUGGUUCGGCAGGGUCCCCUUCCUGAUUCGAGGCACCUAUAUCGAUGGCUCUUUCACAGAGGUUGAUGUGAUUUACCACGCAACGUCUUUCAUCCCCUACGAGAAUGAGAUUCAACCCCGUCUCCAGAAGCUGGUGUCGCUGAUCAGCACACUGAGAGAAUCUGCCAAGAACGCAACUGACCAGAGAUGUAUUGUGAUAUGCGACAAGACGGUACAACCGAUUGAGCUGAGGAUCUUUGAAUAUCACAGGACUCCCCCACUUCCAGUUCCUGUUGACAUACAGAGGCACUUUUGGACGAGCAACGAGACGGGGAGCCAGAGUUAA